GUCUGACCGCAGGGCUUCCUGGUCAACCGUACAUCGCCUGCCUUCCUCAUGGGUAGAGUCGUCAGUAUCACCCUGUAACACUGGGUUCAUUUGGCCUCCCACCACUUUAAGACACAAGGUGCUGACCCCAGAGACCUGCCAUGAAACCACACUUGAAGCAAUGGAGACAACGAAUGCUUUGCGGGAUAUUCGCCUGGGGCCUCCUCUUCGUGGUGAUUUUUAUUUACUUCACUGACAGCAACCCCGCUGAGCCUGCGCCCAGCUCCUUCUCCUUCCUGGAGACCAGGCGGCUCCUGCCCAUGCAGGGGAAGCAGAGGGCCAUCAUGGGCGCAGUGCAGGAGCCCUCCUUGCCUGAGAGCCUGGGUACACACAAGGGGAUAAUGAAUGGACGCCCGCCUGGCCCCUUCCACGCGGGGCCGGGAGAUCUACCGCAAUGGGCCCAGGUGCAGGACGGGUUCGAAAAUGACGAAGAGUUCUUUUCAUCCCAGAUCGGGAGAAAAUCGCAAAGCGCUUUCUACCCGGAGGACGACGACUACUUUUUUGCCGCGGGUCAGCCAGGAUUGCGCCGCCACACUCAGGGCACGCCGGGACCCCCCUCCUCCCACGGGGACCAAGGCCGGCUGGAGAGGGCUGCACCAGCCCGCCAGGCGCCAAGAAGGCGGGCGAGGAAGAGGCAGCGGAAACCCGGCGGGGGCCUGGUGCUGGAGGACGGCGAGGACGGGGACAGGCUGUACUCAUCCAUGUCCAGGGCCUUCCUCCACCGGCUCUGGAAGGGAAACGUCUCGUCCAAGAUGCUCAACCCGCGGCUGCAGAAAGCCAUGCAGGACUACCUCAGCACCAACAAGCACGGCGUGCGCUUCCGCGGGCGGCGGACGGCUGGGCUGAGCCGCGCGGAGCUGCUGUGCGCGCUGCGGAGCCGGGUGCGGGUGCGCACGCUGGACGGCAAGGAGGCGCCCUUCUCCGCGCUGGGCUGGCAGAAGCUGGUCCCCGCCGUGCCGCUGAGCCAGCUGCAUCCGCGCGGCCUCCGGAGCUGCGCCGUGGUCAUGUCGGCCGGCGCCAUCCUCAACUCCUCCCUGGGCGAGGAGAUAGAUUCUCAUGAUGCAGUUUUGAGAUUCAACUCUGCUCCUACACGCGGCUAUGAGAAAGAUGUUGGAAAUAAAACCACCGUGCGCAUCAUUAAUUCCCAGAUUCUGACCAACCCCAACCAUCAUUUCAUUGACAGCUCAUUGUAUAAAGAUGUCAUUUUGGUAGCCUGGGACCCUGCUCCUUAUUCUGCAAAUCUUAAUCUGUGGUACAAGAAGCCAGAUUACAACCUCUUCACUCCGUAUGUUCAGCACCGUCAGAGAAACCCAAAUCAGCCAUUCUACAUUCUUCAUCCAAAAUUUAUAUGGCAGCUUUGGGACAUUAUCCAGGAGAACACCAAGGAGAAGAUUCAGCCCAAUCCACCAUCUUCUGGCUUCAUUGGGAUCCUCAUCAUGAUGUCCCUGUGCGGCGAAGUGCACGUGUACGAGUACAUCCCGUCCAUCCGGCAGACGGAGCUGUGCCACUACCAUGAGCUGUACUAUGACGCGGCGUGCACGCUCGGCGCCUACCACCCACUGCUCUACGAGAAGCUGCUGGUGCAGAGGCUGAACACCGGCGCCCAGGGCGACCUGCACCGCAAGGGAAAGGUGGUUCUGCCUGGGCUCCGGGCCGUGCGCUGCCCCGCGCCCAACCCCGCUGGUCCCCCGUCUUGAAGAGGGGCUCUUGAGAAUCGAUGUGCAAUAAGGUACUACUGUUGUCCUCUGAGUCACAGGAGAAUACUUGAAGAUGUAUUUUAGGCAAUGUAGUCUUCAGUCCUUUAGACUGUCACUUAGCGCUGGCCACAAGAAUUCUUUUUCUAAGCCAUGGAGUGUUUAUGACUGCUUUGAAUACAGGAAUGGAAUUUAAAAGGAAAAGAAGCUCAAGAAAGAUGCAAAAAAAAAAAAAAGAAGCAAACAUAUGACAAAUGGGUAUUAUACCUCCAGAAAUAUUAACCUUUUCUUAAGCCGUGGGCACCCCUGUGAGGCUUGGUUUCCGCUACAGUUUUCAGUGCUGUACUUGAUAUUAUGAAAUGAUUUAGACACCCAUUUUGGGGUACAGUAUCUGUAGAACCUAGCGUGUCACUCGCACAUUUGUUCAUUAUUAAAGAUCCUAGCGUUUAUGACAAGCAUCUGAAUCAGCACUCAGAUGUAUUUAUCUUAACAAUAAAAUUCCCCCGUAUGUGUUGAGAGAUGACAAACUUGCUUCCCGGCAAGCUGUGGCAUUCCCCUGCUCUAUUUCCCAGUGCCCACCCAAGCUUUGCUCUUUGUGUAUCAGGACAGAUUUCUAAAACCAGAAAACACCCCUCUCGAGCAGUCCAAGGAAAAAGUCAACCCUGGGAUAGCACUACAGAGGAGACACUUUGUUUUCCUGCAGUAUUUCCUUACUUUGACAAAUAAAUACACAAUCACCCGGCUGCAGGGUGGCCCAGGGCCAGAAUCUUCCCAGCUUUCCUGCAUGGUACAUCCUCAGCUGCCAGUCCUCCUCACAGCCCUUACACUGUUACACCUACAGACACUUGUGACCCCUGCCGCCGUGGGGGAGGACCCCUUCGGGUCAGAAGGAGGGGAUAUGGAACCUUCACUCUAUGCUUCUGGGGAUGCACACCUGUCUCUUUCAUGGAGAUUUCUUUCAGGCCAAUAGCAGCUGCUGGAACCCCAGCAAUGAUGUACUAGAUUUUCACCAAUUCUCCCUGCAAAUAGAUAUUGAGGAACCCUGUCCCUGUUUUCACAGAUAUAUUUUAUGUCAGCAACAUACAAGCCAUAUAAUUAAAUAAAAUUGUGUGAAAACGUUGUUCUUUAACAAGGAAAAUACGUAUAUGCUUGAGAAGCAAAGGUACUGGGGGAAGAAGUUGUCACCCCAAUAUGUUAGCUAUAUUCAGAUCUGUUUUAUUUUGUUUUUAAUCUCAACUUUUACCACUGAUACAUUGAAAAACAAUAUUUUUUUUGCUAUAAUGUAGUGAAACAGAAACAUUUUGGAAUACAUUAAUUGAACAUGCUGUCUCUCUAUGUAACCAAAAGUUAGCACAAGAGGUAAGACUUUUUUAAUUAAAUACAUUCUCUCUUGCAAAUCUAUGAAUGUCAGGAGAGUUCAGUGGGAAAGUGUUUUUUGGUCCACGAUUGGUUUUUUCCCUGAGUGCUCUCAAAACUACUUUCUUGAGCAAGAAUGGUUUAUAUAAAUUGACAGCUUCUGUUUGGUGAGUCUAACUCCCCAGAAAUUGGGUUGGGUGAUGGGCAUCUCUCUCCUAUGGCUUACUAUAACAGUGAAGUAGAGGAGUAAUAGAAAAAUUUCAGUUAUGACAGCAUCCACUAGAAGCCCAUUUUGAGAGCUUUCUUUCCAGGUCUAUGAGAAGACAUCGAUCAUUUUGUCCUACACAGUAGCUUAUGUGUAAGCUAAUGUGGUCAAGCCGCUUUUCUCUCUGGUUUCCUGAAAGACCUUAGUCUUGUCCCCAUGUGCAGUGAGUACGGAGUUCAGAUUGUGAGGUUGCUCUGAGUACAGUGAGCCGUCCUUCCAUGGUCUUGGGUCUCCCUAGACCUGCCAGCUCUGCCUUCAAAUGUUCAUGACACUGAAGUUCCUUUGAUAGUCUUCCUGGUAGAUUUCCUUCAGACCUUAUUACCCAGGACAGCCCCCAUUGGUGAUAUAAGAGGCUGGUUAGAGAAAGAUUGAUUGGGGUACUCAAGUUCAAAAGCCCCAGAAAGUACUUCAAACACUUCAAAGAUUUUUAAAUAGCAUUUUGUUGUAACGCAUGUACUUUAAAAAGGUCCUUUCAGUCUCACUGACAUUACAAGAAAGACUGAAGAGCAUAAAGGAAAUCCAAUUAAAAUUUUCGAAUUUAUUAUGGCCUUAAAGACUCUUGGGAAUCAGGGUCUGUGAAACAUUCAGAAAAUGUGGUACACAUAUUAAUAUAGUGUGACUGGGCAUUCUUCUAUUUGAAAGUUUAGUUUAGCUUCCCAAAAAUAUCACGCAGUUAGAGUUAACACCACUGCGUCUAGUAUUAGCUAAAUUGGCCCUAAGUGCCAGUAUUUUGCCAGACAUUGAUUAAGUCCUUCUAGGCUACAUUUACUGAACUGCUGUAAACACACAGCUCUUCCGUGGAGUAGUUAACGAUAAACGCUGUCCUAGUACAUUUCUUCCAGGCUCUGCCCCUCCCAAGACACUCCAACUGCUUCUGGAAGGGAUGCCCAUAUGAUCUUUAAGGUGCAACCAGAAAGCAUUAGCUGUCUCAAAAUAAUUUCACAACCCCUUUUGUGAUGGUUGUUAUUACCGCAAAGAAACGAAUUUUGACCAAGAAUGACAACUCACCUUUAUCUAGGUUUUCACUGACUUGUUUCCCCAGUCCCUCUCCCAGGUAUACGGGUAGGGUUUAACAGGUGUCCGACGCUCACUGUCCACGGGGAAUACCGGUGCUGGCCCUGUGUACCUGACCUUCCCCACUAAGUCCUUACAGGGCUGCUUUUAUCAAGAACUUUGUGCAGAGGCCAAGAGAAGUUCCAUUAAAAGUUGCAUAUAUGCAUCGUGCAACAUCAAGGGCAUACAUUAAGUUAAGCCAUGUGAGCGACUUUUGCCCAUGUUUCAAUUACUGGGGCCUUCCUUUUCGCCUGGACGCAGAGCUCGGAGAGCCCUGCUUCAGUCAUAGCCCUUCAAGCGUCUUGUGCCCUCAGUCUCUGAGCCAGACAUUUAAUCAAUCCUGGACUCACCAGUAAUCAUCUGUCAUUGUAGACAUAGCGUCUGGACAAAGCAAUGCUGAAGUGAUCAUUAGCAUUUACAAAACUGGGAAAUAAAAGUAGCUGUUUAAAGCUACCACGGGGUUGCUCCAUUACGUGUUUAUGAGCCAGUUCAUUCUGGUGGAACAGAUUAAUACCUUCUGUUGCUGGCUGACCCUUCCGGGCGGGAGCACUUGCAGCCACUGAAUUAAUUAGGUCCUGUUUGGCUGCGUUAAGUGGGAUCAGUCUCACGUGAGUAAUGGCACACGAUGGAGGUGUUCUCUGAGCACAAAUGACAUGAUGAAAGUUCUCUCUCCAGCCUCUCUCAGAGAUCAACACACAGUACGUGUUUGAGGCUGGUGGGCAAAGUGACCUGGUCCCAUUUCUGUUUAGCUAUAGGAAGAGACAGAGGGAGGGAGGGGGAAGUUAUCAAGAAAUCCAUGACUGGCCAAGUAGUCUCUGUAUUCUGUCAUAUUGUCUGAUUCGACUUCCUACUUUCUGAUAGCUUAGAGCUCUCUACUCGGUUCUUAACAGCCCAUUCAGGCAGCUGCGUUUAGAAAUUAACUGCUUAGGUAAAACGUGCCUGAGUUCCAACUUGUGUUUUUAUACUCUGGACAUUUCCAUUGUGAAAAUACUCUGCAUGUUCUUGUCACUUGGGCAUUACUUACACAACUGGUAAACGAAAAGGUAUCGCUCCGGGAAUUCAAGGAUAAAAUGUAAGUUCUGAUUUUUGUUUUAUUAAGUGAAUGAAGCCUUUUAGUCAGAAACAAUAAUCCAGCAUAUUCUUCUACAAGCUUGGAAUGAUAGAAUUUAAAGAAUUAAAGACAUUGCUAUAGUUCUUACUUUUGUUAUGAGAGUGUGCAUGUAGAUAUAGUUAUAUAAUUGUAUAUAUACAUAUCUACACGCAUGGUCGGUCUUAUAUUGUCUUUUUUCAUCAAGCUUUAUUCCUGAAACCUUUACAAUAAAUUUUAUUUUAAUUAUGCAAAUGCCAAUUUUUUAGUAGAAGAAAGCAAGUGUUAUAUGUCUUUCUAUUAAAAAAAUAAAUGCCGUCUUCCCACACACUGAUAUUCUACACAUCCUGGGCGUGUUUGAAAAUAUGGCAGAAAAUUUUUUUAAUGGAAGAAAUAUUUAAAAGGCACUAUGUAGGUAGAACCAUUACUGAACAUCGUAACCUCAUCGGAAAUCUAAUGGAACAUUGAACAUUGAUGAGGAGGUUACUUAUUAUAGCUCAUGGCUUUUACAAAGAUAGAGGGGAAAAACUGAAUAUUGGUUCUGUGGAAAACAGUAUUCUUACCAGGUAGGUUUCAAACAAAUUAACUGCGCUGGUAAUGCUAAAAACCUAACAUUUACGAUACCAUACAUCCUGUUGUACGCUAGCUAAAAUACUUAUGAAAUUUUUCCGGUGGGAACCAGUGAACUUUUUUAACAGCUUUGGGAAUUUUUUUGUAUGAUAAUUUUUAAACUGAAAUGUGUACUCUUCAAAUUAAUUAAGGCCUGAGCUUUUUCCAGGAGUCACAUUUGAAAAAAGUGUUUGUAUACAUUUUAACACCUUUGAUAUUUUCUAUUUUGGUUUUGUAUAUUUUUAUGUAUACACAGUGUACAGACCUUUUUCUUGUAAAUAAAAACAUGUUUUCAUUUGUCUA